UCCGUCGGAGAUCUCCUCGCUUCGUCCAUUGCCACCAGCUGAAAUACCUGAUACAGAACAUUGUCAAAUUGAACCUUUGACAUGUCUGGACGCUGCUGAAGUGAUCCAUUCGAGCGCUGUAUAUCGAGGACAAUGAUAACUCGAAUCCUUCUGGCCUCUUGUCUGUGGACCUCAAGCUUGGCAGCUUCGAUCGUCAGCCGAGAUCAAUUGGUCCUGUCUACUAUAGAAACGAAGCAUCGUCCGCUGGUGAUCUGGCAUGGUCUAGGGGAUACUGCUUUGUCCGAUGGUAUCUCUGAGUUUAUAGACGAUAUCAAGACGCUUUAUCCAGGUAUCUAUGUCCAUAGUGUACAGGUACCGGAAGGAGGUACGCCCGAUGAGGAGAAGAAGGCGGGUUUCUACGGUAAUGCGACGGAGCAAGGUGAAUCGGGAUGUGAACAAUUAGCCAAUAUCCCAGAAUUGUCCAACGGCUUCGAUGCCAUGGGCUUCUCCCAAGGAGGUCUCUUCCUUCGAUAUUACGCUCAAUACUGUAAUGACCCACCGAUCAAGAAUCUCAUCACGUUCGGGACACCGCACUACGGCAUCGCAGCUUUGAUCCCUUGUCCCACACCGCCCAGUCUGACAUGCUUGCUCGCAGCGAGGGCGGCACGUGCUGGAAUCUACUCUACAUGGGCCCAGUCUCACCUCGUACAAGCCGCUUAUUUUAGAGAUCCAGCGAGAUUUGACGAAUUUCUAUCGACAAAUACCUUCUUGCGGAACUUGAACGGAGAAGGCAGGUUGGUAGAUGGUUCAGGACAAGUCGGUCAAGGUGGACAAGGGUUGUCUCACUUGGAAAACUUUAUCCCGGUCAUGUUUGAUGCAGAUCGUACCGUUUCGCCUGCUCAAUCCGCUCAUUUCUGGACAUACGAUUUCGACGACAAGACAUUACUCGUACCGAUAGAAAAGCAAAAGCUCUACACUCAAGAUUGGAUCGGUCUCAAAUCUCUUGAUGAAGCUGGCAAGCUGCACCUUGAGCAUUGUCCCGGCGAACAUAUGGACCUGGGAACAGGCGAUUGCGCCAUGAACCUGGUCAAGAAAUGGGUUGGAGACAUGUAGCCCGGUGGCGAAGUCACACUCAGCACGUUGUAUUAUCAUGU